ACUAGCAUAAAAAAUUCAUCUAUCAACCAUGACAUCUUUCACCACAUUUGCCAUCACCAUCCUUCUCUUUACCACAAUUUCGGCCAUCCCAACCCCCCAACCAUUUAAGAAAAUCUAUGCAUUUGGAGACUCUUACACAGAUACAGGAAACACAGCUUCUGCUAGCGGCCCUAACGCCUUCACUUACGUCUCAAACUUACCCUAUGGACGUACAUUCUUCCACCACCCCACUAACCGUUACUCAGAUGGACGUCUAGUUAUCGACUUUGUAACGGAAUCACUUUCUUUACCUUACUUGCCACCUUACCACAACACUAAAGCCGACACCUCGCAUGGUGUCAACUAUGCUGUCGCAGGGUCUACUGCGAUACCAUAUUCGUUUUUUGUUAAAAAUAACCUUACUCUAGAUAUCCAAAGUCAGUCAUUACAAAGUCAACUUGGUUGGUUUAAUAAUUUCUUAAAUUGGCAAAACUGCAAAAGUAUGAAAACAACUCCUAAAGAAUGUAAGGCUGUGUUUGAUGAUGCAUUGAUUUGGGUUGGUGAAAUUGGUGCUAAUGAUUAUGCAUACACUCUUGGAUCUUCUGUUCAAAGCAAAACAAUUCAGAAUCUUUCUAUUCGCAAUGUUCAUGGAUUUCUAGAGGCAUUGCUUAACAAAGGUGCCAAAUACAUGGUGGUUGAAGGCCUCCCGGCAACCGGCUGCCUAACUCUCUCCAUGUCACUCGCAUCCGAGGCCGACCGUGACGACAUGGGGUGCGUCGGUAGUCUAAACAAACAAAGCUAUGACCACAACACUAUCCUCCAAACCAAGAUCCGAGACCUCCGGCAAAAGUACCCUGGCGCAGUCAUCAUUUAUGCUGACUACUGGAAUGCUUACCGGUCAGUCAUCAAGAAUGCACCUAAACUGGGCUUCAAGGAGCUUUACAAAGUGUGUUGUGGGUCGAAUGGUGCUCCAUACAAUUUCGAUGUCCUUGCUACUUGUGGAGCCCAAUCUUCAAGCUCGUGCAAUGACCCUUCUCAAUACAUUAACUGGGAUGGGGUACACCUCACCGAGGCUAUGUAUAAGGUGGUCUCUGAGUCAUUCCUAAAGGGUGCUUACACUCAUCCUCCUUUCGGGUCUUUAUUGAGCAGUAAAACAUACUUGGGUUAGAAUUGCUUAAAAAACAAAUUUCCUAGUUUAUAUGAUCAAUGUAUGUUUCUAUGGUCUUAACAUAUGUAGGAGGCAUCUAUAAAUGUUAUUUCAGUGAUUAAUGUAA